GCAACCCACAGGCUGCAGCGAGUGACGACGUUGGUCAUUCGAAGAGGCGUGACAACAUUAUUAUUAUUGUCCUGCCAAAGCGGCAUGUUUUGGAGAUCGUCAUCGUCGCAGCAGCCACAGGGGUCCCCGCCUCCACCUUCGCAGCAUGUAGGGGACGAUGGCUAUGACCAAUAUGUGUGGGAGGAGGACGAAGAGACGCGGUCCAUCGUAAACGCUGUCCGUUUUAAUGAAAGUCCUGAAAUGGAAAGCAUUGGCAGUGAGGAUGGCAUUGGUGAGGACCACGAGGGCCUGGACGACGAGGAAGGAAGGGAAAGCCACCGGCGACCGUCGGGGUCUCCCUUCUCAUUUCUUUUCAAUCGCUUCGGCCACGAGGAAGGAAGCCAGCAGCUGCUCAGCGGAAGCCGCAGAUCACUUCAAAAAAUACAUCCCAAGAAUUCGCGCAACAGCAUGAAGGCCGAAUCGAGCGGCGGCAGCCUAGCGAGCAUGGGGGCGUCACCACGCCCUUCCUCGCGAGGCUCCCCGACGGUGCCUCGGCCGGCCAGCCGCUCCUCUACCCUCCGAGCCCGCUCUCCUCAGGCCAAGAGCCUUCUCCGCGCCGAUGCCAUCGGCCAGAAGUCUCAGCAGCGGCUGGAGCACCUGCAAGUGCCGUCCAGCGAGGGCUUUGCCCCCGUACAGCGGUCCGGGUCGGUGCCCGGGCGCCUUGGGGACACUUCAUCGAAGCCAUCCCACGCAGCCAUCGCAGCGGCACAUCAGGCCGACCGCAUGCGUGGAAGAGCGUGGGAGGGGAGUGGGACGAGGGUGGAUGAGAUGACCGGGGCGUGGCAGGCGGUGUCCAUGGGAGGGACGAAGAGAUUGAUGAGGGGCGACGGGUCACAGGUGAUGAUAGGCAUCGGAUCGGGAGAGUCGCGCAGUCACCUUCCCUCCUUAAACGAUGUGGGUCACUUCAAGGAGGAUUUGGAAGGAGGAGAGGAGGAGGACGAGGAGGGUUCUGCAGUGAACGCGCUGGUGACCUUCGGCUACUACCUGGUCAUGCCCGCCCUCAGCCUGUUCCACUGCUCCCACCGCAUUCUCAGGUCCUACCCCGUGCGCGUCCUCUCCUCCGUCAUCCUCCUGGCCGGCCUCGCUCUCUGCGUCAUCCUGGCAGCCGUGCAUUUACCCAUUCGACUGAAUAAGCAGAAGAACGUGAGGGGCGAACCACUGACAUUCAGUCCUCCCGAGGGUCACAUAGGGCCCAUGCUGGGCGCGGCCGAGGGCGGUCUCUACCGGAACCUAUUCGCCGAAAUGCUGCACAAGUCGGACGCAGAGGUGGAGAAAAAGCUACAGGAUACCUGGCGCUUUCUUUUCGAAGGCGAUGUGAGCACGGAGGCCAUCUACGUCCCGGUGGGUGAGACGCCCGAGGGCGACAAGCUCGGCUACGUGCUCAACACGGAGAGCGGGUGGGUGACGAGCGAGGCCAUGUCCUACGGUAUGAUGGUGGCGGUGCAGUACGACAGGAGAGAAACUUUCGACGCCCUCUGGUCCUGGGCCUCGCGUUACAUGCGCCACGUGACAGGGCGGUACAAGGGCUUCUUUGCGUGGAAGUGCUCCUUGGCGGGCCGGAAGCUCGACGGGACGCCCGCCCCGGACGCCGAGGAGUGGAUCGCGACGGCUCUCAUUUUCGCGAACAACCGGUGGAUGUCUCAGGGCCGGUACGACUACGAGAAGGAGGCGGUGGCGCUUCUCCUGGGCAUGGGGGACCCGAGGCGAGGCAUGUUCACCAAGCACGGCGAGGUCACGCUCAACCCCGUGCGACCAGUCAUCACGAACCCCUCCUACCACCUUCCGCACUUUUACGAGGUCUGGGCGAGAUUUCUUAACGAUCGCGGCCAGUACCAGCUGGCUUCCUUCUAUUUGCAGGCGGCUGAGCGCUCUCGGCGACUGCUCCAUAAGGCCGUGGACCAACACACAGGCCUUUCGGCCGACUACACGGACUACGAGGGCGUCGGUGUCAAGGACUUGGCGGGACACUCUAAUUUCCAGUGGGACGCCUGGAGGGUUGUGGCCAACGUGGCUGUUGACUGGUCCUGGUGGCGGCGCGACGCCUGGCAGCAACGCGAAGCCGACACUUUGCAGGCAUUUCUGAUCCGGCAGGGCAUCCAGGACUACCCCUCCACCUACGCCCUCAACGGAACGGCCCUCUUGAAGAGCCACUCCGUAGGUCUGGUGGCCGUGAAUGCCGUCGCCUCUCUGGCGGCAACGGAUAGGAACGUGGCUUCGGCCUUUGUGGCGGAAUUAUGGAACGCGGCUAUCCCCAGGAACCAAUGGCGGUACUAUAACGGCAUGCUUGUCUUCCUCUCUUUGCUGCAGGUUUCAGGCCGCUACCGGAGUCUGUAUUGAAUGAAAGCAUCCACAACGGGAGGAUGACGAUACGUGUAUGAGCUGACACAUCAGAUGGGUGUAGGCCUUUGUACUCGAGGCCGUGGUGACUCGAUGCAUAAAUCGCUCUCCCGCCCGUGGGUCUUUUUGUUUGCAUAUGAUUAUUAGGACAAUGUAAGAAUUUAAAGAGCAAAGAUCUAGGCUGGAAAAUGCUCGCGAAAAUGCAAAUAAUAAGGGAGCAUGUGAUUUGGUCCCUUGUGGGAGGGUACCUCGGAUCGAAUAGGAGAAGAGCCUUCUCAAUUUUGAUGUGUGUGUGCGUCCUGACGCAUAGAUUCAAAGAAGGCGCGGCCGAGGGGGGUUGCUGUUGACAGAGUGGAUGUUGUCAUAUCCACGACUCUAAUGCCCGCCGCCCGAGGCAGGCGUACAUUUGUACGUUGCACACAGGAAAUAAAAAUACACUAAAGUAUCCGUAAAUCUACGCAGUACCAGCCAGGACGGAAAAGUGCGGAGCAUACACGCACGAGUCGCUGAUGCGAGAACGAUUAAAGUCAGAAGAGGUCUCGCGGGAGUUGAAAAGGCGCGGAAGCAUGGAUAAAGAGGGUGACAGCAAUGACGACAGUGCGUGUGCCCGAGUAAUUUCCAUGUGCGUUUUCGACGAAGAAGGCUAUCGCCAUCUCAAACACUCGACUGCGGCCCAACUUACCAGGCUCUAAGGCCUGCUAGGGAAGGGGCGGAGACUAUCCAUGGUCAAGUAGAAGCAAGAGUGUCUAAAAAGUGAAAAUUUGUCCAGAAGAGAGGGCUCCUACUCCCACUUGAAGACCCUAUGUGCACGAAAGCGGUUAUAAUUUCCUGUGACAGCCUAAAUAGGUAAGGGGAGCCCGUGUGUGAGAAGCAGAUAUGCGCAAACGAGCAGCUUUCAGGACGUGGACCUUGUCAAAUGUAGCAAGUAAUUGUGUCCACUCCUUCCCCCGUCAGUCAAUUGUCUAUGAAGGUGAUUAAAAAAACAUAAAACUGCAUGCGAGGGAAGA